AUGGCCGGUAAGCAGUCGUACACUACAUUGGUCCCUACAACCGCCACUGUCGAACCACCCACAGGUGGCACAAAGCGACGAAAGCCCGGGAUGGAAACAUCCACAACUGAGAGUGCUGUGCUAACGAUGAAGCCAGACGAACCGCGUCGCUCCGGUCGGGCCACCAAGGGCCAGCACAAGAACCUCGAACUCCCCGACGCCACUUCGAAAAAGGGCAAGAGCAAGAGCCCUAAAGAUCAAAAAGACAAGUCCAGCAAAGCCUCCGCCGAGCCUACACCCGGCCCUAGCGAUGGAGAAGAAGAGGAAAUCAUCCGAUGCAUAUGUGGAGAAUAUGAGGAGGAGGAAGAUGUCGAGCGGGAUAUGAUCUGUUGUGAUCAGUGUUCUGCGUGGCAACACAAUGACUGCAUGGGAUUGACCUUCGCCAAGGGCCAAGAACCCGAUCAGUACUAUUGCGAGCAGUGCAAGCCCGAGAAUCACAAGGCCCUCUUGGACAAGAUUGCAAAGGGCGAGAAGCCUUGGGAAGAAGUCGCCGAGAAACGUCGACAGGAGGCCGAAGAGAAGAAAUCCAAGCGGAAGAAGGGCAAGAAGGGCGGCAGGAAGAGCCAAGGCAAGACUGAAGUCAGCACUCCAGCUCGUGCUGGAACCUCUGCCACACCCGGCCCCGGUCCAUCCCCUGCCACUGGCGCAUCUGUAUCGGCCGAGCCGGAGAAGAAUGGACACGGUGGAGAUUCACGGCGAUCGAGCACCAACAAGCGCAAACUUGAGGAGAGCGUGGAGGAUGAUAUGGGCCCACAAGUUAAGCAGCAGCGAGUCUCUCCUCAAGCUCCGACGGGGCCAGCUUCGAGGCUCAAGGCAGAGUCUCCUGCAGAUACGCCGGCUGGGGCUACCGUGGACGCGCUUGGGAACCCUGCUCGCAAGAGUGCUGCUACCGCGCUCAUCAGACUAUUUGUAGAUCAAAUCACUGCGGCCCAGAAGAAAGGCUCAUACACGCUGCCCGCUGGACAAUUGGCCGAAGAUGCUGCACGGCAACUCGGUCUUUCUAUCGAGGAUGCCAUGUAUCACAAUUUCUGCGGACGUGCAGGCGAGCCUACUGAGUCCUAUAAGUUGCAAUUACGAACGAUCCUGUUCAACGUAAAGAAGAAUCCUUCUCUACGGGAUCGCUUGCUUGUAGGCAAUUUGUCCCCAGAAUCUCUGGCUAGGAUGAAGCCAGAGGAUAUGGCUAGCGAGGAGUUGCAACAGAAGGAUGCAGAAAUCAAGCGAGAGUCUGAGCGACAGCAUAUUAUUAUUCAGGAACAGGGACCUCGGAUUCGACGCACACAUAAGGGUGAGGAGCUGGUCGAGGACGAGACUCACACAGCUGCAUCCGAGUCGGUCUUCUCUGCUGGCCCCCGACGUGCCACCGAGGCCGAUGGCAGCCCUGGAAACCAGAGCCCGCUUACUCCCAAAGUCCAGCAGUCAACCCGAUUCCAGAACGAACAUGGCCACGGUCAAUCCCCUACUGGUGGACACCACGACCAUGUCUUCCCCGAAGUCUCGACCAAUAUCCGCGAGCCAGUCCCCCAUGGUGGGAAGAUCCAGGCGGAUGCUGAAAUCGACCAGCUGUUGCGCGACGACGAGCCUGAAUCUCCUCCUUAUUCACCCAAGGACUUCAAUGACGACCAUCUAGUCUGGCGAGGCAAAGUUGCUAUGGUUCCAGUUUCCGAAUUUUCAUCCUCGGCAAAACAUGUUGGAGGUGCAGACCUGAGCGGACGAAUUCCAUGGAGCCAGCUAGCGCCUCCAACGCUGCAGGUUGAUGGCCGCAUCGAAAUCCAGCUUGCCAGCAGCUAUCUUUGCGGUUUACGGUUCAGCUCCUCCACAGAUGUCUCUGUGAUUGCUGUUAGCUAUCCGGAUUUGCCUAGCGAGCGUGCUGGUUUUGACAAGCUAUUCGACUACUUUAAGAAUCGCUCGCGCUAUGGUGUUAUCGGCAAACAUCCGUUGUCGGCUGUUAAGGACACCUACAUCAUCCCCAUCGAAGCCGGUACCACUACGAAGCCUGAAUUCAUUGAGUUGCUGGAAAACAACUCCCUCGAAGACACUAUCAACGAGCGUACCCUCCUCAUCGUCUUCGUUGUGAAGACAGGCGAAUCAAACCCACCUUCAGUGCAGCCACCUUCUCAUCAGGCUAGUCAGGAGCCACCUGUCUCCGCGAGCCCGCUGACUGCUGCUGGUGCAACCCCUCAGCAGCCGCAAUUCGUCACUCCGAGCCAAGGCUCGACUCCUCAAGUGGCGCCAACACCUCCCGCUACUCUGAGCGGAGCUGCUCCAAACACCGCUGCGUAUGCUCAACAACAAGCUCCACAGCCCGGUCAGUACCCAGCAUUCCAGCAACAAGCGCUCACCGGAGUACCCGCCGCCGUCCAAGUGCUGGGUACGCAAGUCAACGCACCAGCCAUUCAACAACUUCUCAAGACAGCACCGAAUGUGGACGUGGCGCAGUUGAACGUCGUUCGCGACAUCCUGGCUCGACAGCCUGCAGCAGCAGCAAACUAUGAUGCCCUCAUGCAGGCGCUCUUCGAGACACAGGCGAACGGCCGUGUCCCUCCAGCAACUGCCUAA